AUGGAGCGAGAGUCGAACCCAAUGGAGGCGCUCUGCCGUUCAGGAUGCGGCUUCUACGGAAACCCGUCCACUGACGGCCUCUGCUCAGUCUGUUUCAAGGAGGCUUUAAAGAAGAAGCAACAACCACCGGCGACGACGCCUUCCGCGGUCGCUGCGUCGUUCGUGCCUACGCCUACGCCUACGCCUACACCCACGCCCACGCCGCUCGCUGCCGCCGCGCCCACCGUGCCCAGCCUGCCCGCCCAGCCGCAGACCCACACAGAUAAGUUGGAGGAGGAAAGCGGAGCGGGCACGAGCGGCGCGAGCACCGGCGCGUCGGACACUGACGCCGACGACAAGGACCCCAGCAAGGACAAAAAGAAAAAGAACAGGUGCGCCGUGUGCCGCAAGAAGGUUGGACUUACAGGGUUCGAGUGCCGCUGCGGGGGCCUGUUCUGCGCGGUGCACCGGUACAGCGACAAGCACGACUGCUCGUUCGACUACCGGGAGCUGGGCGCGCAGGAGAUCCGCCGCAACAACCCCGUCGUCGUCUCGCAGAAGAUACACAAGAUAUGA